UCAGGUCUCAGUGUAUUGGCGUUGAUUUAGGUUAUACAAUAAUAGUCGAUUGCUGCAAUCUACAUGCGGUUCUAGAUUCUAUAUCUUUAAUUACCAGUUUGAUUCUCUGACAAAAUUAUAUUACGAGAAUACUCGUGAUAGUGAUAGACUAGUGACAGUAGACGUAACAAGUAGUAAGGCUUUUAGACAAGUUAUAAUGAACCAACGCAAUGCGAAUAAUAGAGAUGGGAACGGUAGAAGAAAUGGAAACGACGAGAACAAUGAAGGCAAUUUCAAUUUGUGGCAGACGGGCACUGCAGCUGUGGGCGCGGCGGCCGUCGUCGGAGGCCUAGGAGCCCUAGGGUAUUGUUGGUUAACUAGAGAUUCGACGUCAGCCGCUUCGCAAAGUACGUCGCAGCAACAUGGUGCAGAGCAAAAAAGUUUCUUUAGCACUUUAGCAGAGACCCUCGAAGCUAUAUCAGAUGAAUCUAAUGACAGAAAACCAGGCAUGACACCAGCUCUGCAAGUGUCUGCGUGGCCAAACAUUAAUAGCCUGUCUUGUUUGCUCGAUGACAUUUACGAGCGAUAUAUAAAGCUGAAGCUAGAGGACUCCCAACUUUACAAUAAAGUAUUCACUGAGGUGUUCGGACGAUUGCACGACCACAUGAAGGCUGUCGACAAAUACUAUGGGCAAUAUAAGUGUAUCUAGCAAUAUCCAAUUUGUUGGUAGUCCCAAAGACCGCCUGCGCAUAAACAAACCGGAUGGAUUUAAAAUAGACUUGAACAUUGUGAUUAGCUUGCCGAUCAACAUGCACAGAGACCCUGUGAAUCCGGAAGAGAGCAACAUCAUCAUCGAACAGAAGUACCCGGGAUUCCUGCAGCUCCGCGCUGGAACACAGUACCAAAAAAUACUGGUCCGAGAUGGACAGGAGUGCCUGAUCAAUAGAACCGCUAACGAGUGGCUGGAUAAUAGAAAUUACAUUCUCCGUUCUAAAUUUAGUGACUGGUUCAAAAGCGUAGGCAACAGGGGUCUGAAUCAAUUCCAAAAAAUGAAUGGUCAACCGUCCUGCAUAGUGGAUGGCAUGAAAUAUACGAUCCGCACAUCUUCAGGUGGACCAGCUUGGACAAUAAUCAUUGAAGCAGGUUUAUUUAGGUUGGACGUGGAUCUUGUACCAGCGCUCAAAUUCCCUGAGAGCAGGUGGCUGGAAGGGAGAAAUUACCGUAAGAUUCCUCAAGAAUGUCGCAGAGGCUACUGGAUGGUUGUGCCAGAGCCACAUAUGGCUGGCCAGAUGGAUCAAGACGCGCAGCGCUCCUGGCACAUCUGCUUACAGUCACAGGAGGACCAGCUGUUCAAUAACACAUAUCUCUUGAGAAAAACAUUCCAACUGCUUGAAAAACUUCGGGAUGCUCAGGGCAUGGACAAGCUAGCCCCCUAUUAUAUAAAAACACUUUUCUUCUGGGAAAUAGACGACAAGAAAAACACUGACCCAACUUUUUGGCAACGGAAAAAUAUAGCUACUUUAUUCGAAUAUAUGUUGAACAAGUUAUAUGAAGCGUUAGACAACGGCAGUAUACAAUAUUUUUGGAAUAAAAAGAACAACUUGAUCGGACAUUUGAAUACUUGCACCAGAAAUGAGUAUAAGGGCAAAUUUAUGUACCUACUUGAAAAUAUUCGCGAUUACAAAUUGGUCGCAAAAUAUCUUUUAACUUCUGUAGAGUACAAGGAAUACCAACAGUUCCUGUGAGAUGUUACCGUGGGAGUAAUGUCGAAAAAGUUCAGAAAUUAAUUGUUUUGGUUAGGUGAUGUUUUUAAAUAUUUAUUAUUAUAAGUAUUUUUUUGAGCAUGAAAUUAUUCCCUUCUGCAAUGCAUAGGGGUAGCUUCGAGGGUCUAAGCCCUAUAAUAUUGUAUUUUAUAUCAUAAUCAUAAUCACGUCAUAGAAGAUAGAAGAAUAAUAUAAUAAAAGCUCAACGGUUGCUAUACUCACAUAUUAUGUAUCAGUUUUUCUGAUUUCAAAGCCUAGGUUGGUAUUGCGGAAAUAGCUGAAUCAGCAAUAGUACAAGAGGCUGAUGCGUGUCGCUUCUUAAUAAACAAUGAAAGAAAUAAAAGAGUGUGUGCUUAAGACCUCACGGCAGAUGUAAAAACAAUAACUGUGUUUUUUAUAAUCUUUAAUAUUUAUAAAGUUUUUCAAUACAUAAUAUUAGCACGAUGAACCACUAACUACACAUACUAACCUCACAAUGUAAUCCAAAUAAUUGUUAAAAAAAGUGAUUUAGGGGGUAUGUGUGUAUGUGAUAGUGAUAGGUAACAUCAUUGACGUCAUUGCCCCAUAUUUAGCCACAACUUUUAAUGAGUGUGUUGAUAUGGGUAUUUUUCCAAAUCGAAUGAAACAUGGAAAACUCAUUCCUCUGUUUUAAUCUGGUAAUAAAGCUGACUUAAAUAAUUA